AUGAGAACGAUACUUCUUGUUGUCGCUACUAUUUUCGCCGUUGCUUCAAAUGGUGCUGCAAGUGCUAAAGUGACUGAGCAAAAAUUGACUAUGCGUGGUCGUAUUAUGUUCCCUAGUGGUUUACCUACACCCAUAGAAAGUGACGGAAUAUUACAAGUUGAAUUACAAGAUACGUCAAUUGCUGAUGCUCCAGCAAAAGUAAUUGCACGAGGAUUCGGCAAGGCUAUCCGAUUUCCGAUGGCAUUUGCAAUAAAAUAUUCACCAAAACAAAUAGUCGAUGGAUUAACUUAUUCAUUACGCAUCACUAUAAGAAAUAAAAAUAAUGAAUUAUUAUAUACUAACGAUGCUCAUAUUGGAGUAAACCCAAUAGGUGUCGGUCGAACAACUUUUAUUGAUGCACCUGUUGUACUCGUUAAAAAAACAGCACCAGUUGAGAGAAAACAUCAAUGGCCUGAGUUAAUUGGCUUAGAUGGUGAUGAAGCAGUCCGAAUUAUUAAAAAGGAAACAGGAUUCACCAAUGUCAAGACCAUUGUCGAAGGAUCACCAGUUACGCUGGAUUAUCGUACAGAUCGUGUUCGGAUUUUUGUUGAUAAGAAAGGAAUCGUAACAUCUAUGCCAACGAUUGGCUAA